AUGAAAUCUCGCCGGCUUCCAAGUGGCUAUUCAGACCCAGUCUCAUUCAGCUGUACCUGCCCGGCUUCCUCCAAUCCUAGUAGGGGUUUGGUUCUUCUCUUCUACCGAUAUUUUACCGCACUGCCACCAUUACCUGGCUAUGAAGCUGGAGGUGACUCCAUUUCACUUGCUGCCUUUCACACCCGUCUCACGCAAAAGUAUUCUCUUGGGGGGAAAAUCCGUAUCGCCACAGAGGGCUUCAACGUCACCGUUGGCGGCACCAAAGAAGAUAUCGAAGCAUACAUGAAGGAAUGCAUCACCCACUGGUCAUUUCAAGGCCUGGAUUUAGACACCGAGCAAAAACAACGGAACUUCUUCAAGCCCACUCCGGGAGGAUGCGCAUGUGCCUUUGGCGGCCUUCCAGCAAGCGUACGUAUAUCGUCAGAGAUAACACCCAUGGGCGUCACCAAUUAUGUGCCUAAGGAAUGGGGAAACAUUGAGACUUUAUCCCCAGAAGAGUUCCAUGAGAGAUGUCACACGGAAGCCAACACUGUGCUCCUGGAUGUGAGGAAUCAUUAUGAGUCCCGGAUUGGAUAUUUUGUCGAUCCUAGAACUGGCCAGCCUGCAUUGAGGCCGCUAAUCAGGAGAUUCUCACAGUGGCCACAGUACGUGCGGAAAUAUAUGACGGGUGAUGCCAGCGAGGAUGUUAUAGGGAAGGAGAAAGACAUUGAACAAGGGAGACAAAUCCUCACGUUCUGCACUGGCGGCAUCAGAUGCGAGAAGGCUGCCCGAUACAUGCAAGAGAAUAUGAGCAAGCUCCCAGGGGAUAAAGUGUGUAACCUAAAAGGCGGCAUUGCAUCUUAUAUCAUGUGGAUGGAUGAGGAGAUCAGGCAAGGGAGAAAACGGGCAGAUGAGUCUUUGUUCAAAGGGAGAAAUUUUGUGUUUGAUGCCCGCGGCUCCACUGCAUUGGAGGAGGGUUCGGAACCAGUAUCUACGUGCCAUGAUUGUGGUAUCUCUUCAGACAGACUGAGCAAAUGCCGUUCGAAGGGCUGCCACCUCGUUCUUGUCGUCUGUUCGGAUUGUGAAGAUUCAAAGGACCCAAGAUGUUGCCAGAGCUGCCUCGACAUGGAUAUUUCCCAGGGGUUGGAUUUGCGUACCACACCAAGGCCAGUUUGUACGUGUGAAAAGGAGAGGGAAGCAGAGCUGUGGGACGGGGCACCCCCGGCCAAACUUCCAAAGUCGAAAUCUACAAGUGGAAAUAAAGCUCGAUCUCGGGGUCUGGACGACAUCGAUACCAAGGUCAACAUUAAUAUCAAAGUCAACACUAUCGAUUGA